AAAAAAUUCGGACGGCCGGACAAUGGCAGCAUGCAUUGGCCAAGCAAGCCAGCAUACAAACCAACCAAAGCUGGACCACCGGAAAUAACCGCGGCGUCAUCCCGGCUCCACUAAGAAAGCAGGCACAGCAACGCUUCACAAUCAGAACAUCCACAACCUGAGAUCCUACAUACUAAUUGUCCCUCCCUUGUCCAAGCUCCGUCCAUCGUUCAAAAGGGUUGAAAAUGGCUGCCAGGCUACUGAUGGGCCAGCGUGCUGCGGCACAAUUGACGGCCGGUCUCUUGGUCGGCAGUGUCGCCUUCUACCCUGCUACCGCACAUGCUGAAGCUCCUCCACACCCGCGAAAGUCCAUCUACGACGACUUCGAAGACUCCUCCCCUCCGGCCCCGAAGACGCCAGCCUUCAUCCCCAACUCAGCCACCCCGCCCGCGUUCGCAGAACCUGCCCAGCAGCAGCAACAGGUAGUCGCCCGGGGCCCGACGCCAACGGACCAGCUGGCCGCACAGAUCCGGCGCGCACGGUUGUUCCUGCACCGCCAGGCCGCCGUGGCCGAGGACGGCGUCAACGCGGCCAUGGACCGGGCUUUCGACCUGGAGCAGUCCUUCACGUCGACGCUGGCCUCGCUUGCCCCGUCGCGCGAGAGCGGCGAGCGCCUGAUGCCCGGCCUGGUCUACGUGUUGGUCGCCUCCAUGGCCGGCAGCAUCGUGUCUCGCCGCCGCAACGUCGUGUUCCGCGCCGCUGCACCCAUCGCCUUUGGCGUCGCUGCCGGCUGGGCCGUCCUCCCCGUCACCAUGCGCAACGUCGGCGACUUGGCCUGGAGGUACGAGCAGAGGUUCCCAGUCGUCGCAGACGCCCAUCUGAGGACCCGCGAGGGUGCCGAGAGGGGAAUCUCCUUUGCCAAGGUUCACUGGCGCCUCGGCACGCAGAUGGUCGGCGACAAGGUCGCCGAGACGAGGGAGACUUUGGAAGGUUGGGUGAGGAAAGGGAAAUAAAUUUCUCUGGUAGGGGCCUGAUGAUGACGACAGGGGGCUGGUUCCGUGCAGGAAAUAUAAAAGGUGCUGAGAAUUGUGUGUUCGCGUUUGGUGCCGGUCCUUAGAGAAAAACGGCAAGGCGUGAUGUACAACAAGAUAUAACGCGUCACUUAGACUUGACUUGCAAAACUUUUUCCUAGAGUCAUAAUAAGACGAGGAGCGAAAUUUGAAAUACCUACGGCUUGAUCGUGGUACCCUGGGUCAUACUUAUUUAUAUGAUCAAGUGCAUGAAGUCCAAGAAAACAAAGAUCAAAUGUACGGUUUACAGAGUUAUUGACGUAUUAUAUUAUACAGUAUGUUUCUG